AUGUUCCAUUUGUUCCCGGCGCUCUUGAUGUUCCUAGACCUGGUGCUCUUGUCGCCGCCGUGGACGAUCAAAGCGUUACCGGCGUUCGGGCUGUCCAGUUCUAUCGCGAUUGGAUAUUGGAUGUGGGUGAACUAUUGCUAUAGUUUUAAUGGAUUUUAUCCAUAUCCUAUCUUUGAGAUUUUGGAUACUCCAAAGAGAGCCAUGUUGUUUGGAGGGAGUGCUGUGACGAUGGCCCUUAUGACGUUGGUACUCAAGUGGGCUUAUGGGAUUUUGAAUGGUGUCGAGGUCCUCGAAGUGGCAGGGAAGCCAUACAUGCCCAAGGAUAAGAAGAAGGCUUGA